AUGGCAAGUGUCAAUACAGUUCGUCCACGCGAUUUCGUCGGAUAUGGCGCGAAUCCUCCGAAAUUCACUUGGCCAGGCGGCAAAAAAGUGGCCAUCAACUUUGCCAUCAACUAUGAGGAGGGGACAGAGAGAAGUCCUUUGCUGGGAGACGGUGCACGAGACUCUCGUACAUGGGUGAGGAGUCCACUGCCGGCGAGUGAGCGAGACCUUAUGCAAGAGGGUGAAUACGAGUACGGUACUAGGGUUGGAAUCUGGCGACUUCUACGUAUCUUUAAGGAGUUUGAUGUUCCGUACAGCGUUUUUCUAUCAUCAGAGGCUUUACUGGUGAAUCCCGCAUUUGCAGAGAAAUUGAAAACAGAAAAUUGUGAUAUUGUAUCCCAUGGAACGAGGUCUAUCAGCCGUCUGAACCUUACUGAGGAAAUGGAAAGAGCGGAUCUUCGUCGUUCUAUUGACCAGACCCUGGAGCUCACCGGGAAAAGGAUCCUGGGCGCGUUUCCCAGGCCACCUACUACAGGCAACAGCCGUCGCAUCAUGGCAGAAGAGGGCUUGCUGUACGAUUCAGCCACUACCUGCGAUGACCGUCCUCAUUUUGCCGAUGUGUCUGGCCGGCCCAUGUUGAUUCUCCCUUAUGCUGUGGACACCAAUGAUGCACGUUUCUGGGGUGGCCAAUCCGGUCCAGGAUACACAGGGUCUACUGAUUUCUUCGACUAUUUGAAAGACGCCUUUGAUGUGUUGUAUCGCGAGUCAUCCGAAAGUGGUACUAUGAUGUCGAUUGGAUUACACGCUCGUAUUAUGCGCCCCGGACGUGUGGCAUCUCUCAUUCGAUUUCUGGAAUAUGUGAGCAAGUUUGAUGGUGCGUGGGUAGCUAAGCGGAGUGACAUUGCGGCACACUUUGCCCGGCUCUUUGCUCCUGAAGAUACAUGGAACCUCGAUGCAGCAUCAAGUCUCUAG